AUGGAUGUUCACAUUAUCAAGAAAUCAACCCUUGGAGUGAUUUCCAUGGGAACACCUGAGCUAGACUUGAGGAGUCAUGGAUUACAGAGUUACCUUACCAGCAUGAAGGGAUCUGACCAAGAGUCAAGCGACACAUACCAAGAAGCACAUUGGUUGGUCGAUACAUUGCAGUACACCGGAAGUGGUGAGAAACACAUCUACCAUUAA